CUCUGGCUGCAACCGCUUUCCCUUGCUGCUGUAUCCCUUUGCCGGGUGGCUGGGCUGUGGGAACCACCGCUUGAGGCUUCGUUUGGCUGCUGGCUGGGCUUUCUUUCUGCCUUUGGGCCUUUGGCUCGGAAUCGGAUGGAUACUAACACCGACGCCCCACUCACCCUUGCCGGGGAUAAGAAAGAGAUGGAUGGAGGCGGAGAAGACAUUCCUUUGAAAAAAGCAAAGAAGUUGUGCAAGUAUCUUGAGAAAUGGGAAAGCGAAUUUAGCUUUGUGAAGAAGAGCAGAGUGGGGCACGGUCAUGCAUUCUGCACAAUUUGCAGUUGCGAUUUUAGUGUCUACCACAGGGGAAGGACCGAUGUCACUCAGCAUAAAAAAUCGGCCAAGCACAAGCGCAGGCUAGAGGCACAGAAACAUGCCCCGACGAUGUCUGCAUCUGUGACUAGGAAUACCACAGAGGCUGACCAGGUCUUAAAUGCAGAGGUUAAAAUGGCCAUGCUGUGUGCCAAAAACAACAUUUCUUUCACCUUCUGCGACGACUUCAACAAGUGUGUAGCUGACAUGUUCCCGGACUCUGCCAUUGCACGAAAAUAUUCUGCGGGGAAAACCAAAACUAUGCAAAUCAUAGAAGGUGCCAUAGCAGCAGAGCUAGAUGACGAGUUGACCAAAACAUGCCAAUCUCAGCCUUUUUCAUUGAUGUGUGAUGAAUCGAACAGCAGAAAAGCAGACAAAGAAUUCGUCAUCUGACCCAUGUCAGCGCCGGAUUUACGUACAGUAUAAGCUAAACAAGCUAUAGCUUAGGGC